AUGGUUAUUUCAGCUCUUUCUCAACUCGUUGAGCGGCAGGCGGCUGAUGCUCCUCAAUACAAGGAUGAAUCCAACGCAGGUGCCCUCCUCGCAAUCCACGGCACCUUUGGAGGGGUUGCCAUCCUCACGGUCCUCCUUCGACUCUAUGUGAGAAUAUUCAUGCUCAAAAGCCUUGGGGUUGACGAUUAUAUUAUGGCGGCUGCUGCGAUUUGUGAGAUUGGCGUUAUUAUCUGCUUCGUGGGCGAAAGCAAUGCUGGAAUGCUAGGCAGGCACCCAGCGCUUGUUAGUCCAGAGGAUGCAACUCUUUUCUCGCAUUGGCGAUUCUUCCAUUCUAUCAUCAUCAUGAUCGGCAUCAGUCUCGUCAAGAUCUCAAUUGCAUUCUUCCUACGCAGAUUCGUGCCAAGCAAAAACUACCAACGCUUUCUUCUGGGGUGCAUCGUUUUUCUCGUUGCCUUUACGAUUUCUUGCGCCGGUACCCUCAUCUUCAACUGCGGCACACGUGUCGAUGCGAACUGGAAUUUUGGCCUCCGGACAACCGGACAAGCCAAGUGUUUCAGCAACAACACCUUCACAAACAUCGGUAUCUUCAACAGCAGCAUCAAUAUCGCGACGGAUGUGCUUUUCGCGCUACUUCCAAUACCCGUGGUGUGGAAACUCCAAGCAAAUCUGCGAACUAAGCUCACUCUAUGUUUUGUUUUAAGCUUGGGUCUUUUCGCUUGUAUCUCAAGUAUCAUCAAAACAGUUAAACAGGCUCAUGCCCUCGCGGACCCCGACUGGACCUAUCACGAUUCCUUUUUCAUGUGGAACAACAUCGAAUUCAAUAUCGGUAUUCUGGCUGCUUCUUUGCCUUCGCUGCGUCCGCUAUUCGCGAGAAUUCUCGGUGCCACUCAAAGGUUCACGUCGAACAACAGUCGAAACAGGGCAAACUACGGAUACGACGCCGAUGGACUCGCCUACGGCAAAAGCAAAACCGACAGACGGUCUUCUCGCAAGCCCGCCAGCCACUACUACCAAUUUGAUUCGCGCCAGUCGACAGAGUUGGGGCAGUUGGGAAGAGGCGCUAGCAAAAGGGUGCCUGGCGUAACUAGCACGGUGACUGCAGGUGAUGACAAUAGCGACAAGAUUAUGUUGGAACAGGAUUUUCAUGCAGUUACCACUGACGGUCAAUGGACAAAACCGGUACAAGGUGCAAUAACAAAAACUACAACUGUACAGGUCUCAAGAUAUUAG